AUGUCUAACGAUGACGAUGAAAAUAAUGUUGAACAUCAUUUCAAUGCACUCUUAGUGUUUCCGCCUGAAGUUCAGGAAGCCAUUAGUCAAGUCAUUCCAAGUAGUGACAGCUUGGACAAACUUGACUUUGAUGUUGUUGAAUACAUCAACACAUUGUUCCCCACUGAACAGUCACUGUCAACUAUUGAUGACGUCAUUGACAGAGUUAAAUUGAAAAUAAAAAACCUAGAUGAUGACAUUGGUUCUGUAGUGAGAGGGCAAUCAAACGUGGCAGAGGAUGGAAGAAAUUCUCUUGAGGCUGCCCAGAAAACCAUUUUUCAGUUGUUUGCUCAAAUCAGAGACAUCAAAGAUAAAGCCGAGAGAUCAGAAACCAUGGUGAAAGAAAUAACACGAGAUAUAAAGCAGUUGGACCAUGCCAAGCGCAACUUAACGACAUCCAUCACAACUCUCAACCACCUACACAUGCUUGUUGGAGGGGUCGACUCCAUAGAGGCUCUGAUGGUCAAUCGGCAAUAUAAUGAAAUAGCAAAUCUGUUGGAAGGAGUGGGCAACGUGUUGGAACAGUUUGAAAAUUACAAAAGCAUUCCACAGAUCAAUCUUCUUGCGGAAAGGUUAGUCGCUGCUAUAAAAAGUGAUUUAGCUGCCCAAAUUAAAGCUGAUUUUGAAGAAACCUUCCAAGGAUCUAAUUCCAAGCAUGGCCACUUGGAUCAAUCUUUGUUAGCCGAGGCAUGCUUUGUAGUUAAUGUCCUGGAUCCCAAGGUCAAAAUGAAUCUUUUGAACUGGUUCAUCAAGCAUCAGCUCAUGGAAUAUCUCGUUCUUUUUGCCGAUGACCAAGAGGAGGCCUGGCUGGACAAGAUUGAUCAUCGAUAUUCCUGGCUAAAAAAAAAUUUAAUGGAGUUUGAAGAGAAGAUGGGUCGAAUGUUUCCGCCCUCGUGGGAGGUAUCUGAGAGGAUCUGCAUUGAAUUUUGUAAUGUUACUAGGUAUCAGUUGACCAAUUUGAUGGCUCGUCGCGUGUCUAGCAUAGAUGUGAAAUUGUUACUCUAUGCCAUACAAAGAACUAUGAACUUUGAGUCACUUUGUGCAAAAAGGUUUUCAGGAAGAACUUUACUUGCUGAAAAAACAUCAUCAACGACGUUACCCGCAAUAACACCUCCUCAAUCAACUCCUAUCACCACUAACCCUUUUGAGAUGGAUUCAAAAGCAGAAGUCGUCCAAACACAGUCUUCAAAAACAGAUUCGACGAGGCAGGAACCAGUUUCUCCAUUCCUGGGCAUCAUCCUCAAAUGUUUCGAGCCACAUUUGAAUAUUUACAUAGAAUCGCAAGACAGGAACUUAUCUGACAUGAUAGAGAGGUUUGUCGAAGAUUUCAACAAGCUGAGGACUUCCAACAACAUGAACCAGGAUGCAUCAUUGAGAGCUCAGGAUAGCAACAUACUUUCAAGUUGUGCUGAUUUGUUUGUCUACUAUAAAAAGUGUAUGAUCCAGUGCUUCCAAUUAUCAACUGGACAGCCAAUGGUCCUGCUAACUAGAACUUUCCAGAAAUAUUUGAAAGAAUAUGCAUUUAGAGUUCUUACCAGUAAUUUACCGAAGUCUGUUCUAAAUUUUUUAAUUUAUUUCAAUGAGGGAAAUGAGCUGGUGAAGUUAACGGAGGUUGAGCAGUCUCGCAUCUGCAGCAUCCUGUGUACGGCUGAGUACUGCAUGGAAACGACCCAGCAACUUGAAGAUAAACUCAAAGAGAAGGUUAAUGCAGACCUGGUCGAUAGGAUUGAUUUGCACGCUGAACAGAACCUCUUUCACGGAGUCAUAACGAGUUGCAUUCAACUUCUCGUGCAAGAUUUGGAGGGUGCUUGUGAUCCUGCGUUGACUGCUAUGUCCAAAGUUUCGUGGCAGAACAUAGAGUCUGUUGGCGAUCAGAGCAGUUAUGUGAACGCCAUCAUCAACCACCUCAAGAGCAACAUCAUUGUAAUUGGGCAGAAUCUUCAGUCGUCCAGAAAGUACUUCACUCAGUUCUGCAUCAAAUUUGCCACUUCAUUCAUUCAAAAGUUCGUGAAUGCACUUUUCAAAUGCAAACCAAUCAGCACCGUGGGAGCAGAACAGCUACUGUUAGACACUCAUUCGCUAAAAAUGAUUCUUCAAGAACUUCCGUCUAAAGGCUUGCAAGAUGAGAGGCAAGCUCCAGCCAGUUAUACAAAAAUUGUUGUGAAAGGGAUGACAAGGGCAGAAAUGAUUCUCAAGGUGGUUAUGUCUCCAUAUGAACCUUUAAAUGCAUUUGUGGACAACUACAUAAAACUACUGCCCGAAAGUGACACCACCGAACUUCAGAAAAUUCUCGACAUGAAGGGGCUGAAAAGAACUGAUCAAAACGUGGUCAUGGACACAUACAGAUCGAAAGCUCCUCUUUUAACGACAGCAACGUCAGCCACGACAUCGGAGGCAGACAAACGAAAACAAUUGUUAUCCAAUGUAGAUCACGAGAGCGGCAGGAUAAAGAAACUAGAAAAAUUAAUCAAAAAACGAUUCUGA